AUGGCGGCGGUGGUGUCCGGGGCGCGGGAACAUGGGGAGCCGUGGGAGCGGGGCGAGCCGGCCGGGCGGGCCCUGUACUUCUGCGGGAGCAUCCGCGGCGGACGCGAGGACCGAGAGCUGUACGGGCGGAUCGUGUCGAGGCUGCGGCGCUUUGGGACGGUGCUCACUGAGCACGUGGCUGCCGCGGAGCUGGGCGCGUGCGGGGAGGAGGCUGCUGGAGGCGACAGGCUCAUCCAUGAUCGGGACCUGGCCUGGCUGCAACAGUCGGAUGUGGUUGUGGCAGAAGUGACGCAGCCAUCCUUGGGUGUUGGCUAUGAACUAGGCCGGGCUAUAGCCCUCAACAAGCGGAUCCUGUGCCUGUUUCGCCCGCAGUCUGGCCGAGUACUUUCAGCCAUGAUCCGGGGAGCGGCUGAUGGCUCGCGAGUCCAGGUGUGGGACUAUGACGAGGCCGAGGUGGAGGCCGUGCUGGAUCGCUACUUCGAGGCUGACCCUCCCCAUCAUGCAGCUGCCUCCCGUGACCCAAGUGCUUGA